UCCUGCCUCCCAAGGCAUACCGGUUCUGACCACCCAUGUGAAUUAUCUUCCUGAUCUCCCUUUUGAUGGACAGGUGGCGAUCUUUGGCCCUGCCGGAAGGACCAUCAUGGCUUGCCGAUGGAGGCCUUCCUUGGCCUGGGUGCUGAUGGGCGUCCGCUGGAGCCACCCUGCCUGCAAGCCCAGCGUCCGCGCCGUCUCUUCCAGCGUGGUAAAAAAACGUUCCUACUGGCAGUACCUGCGGCGGAAAAUUCUGAAGCCACCCACCCCGCCCUACAAUCAUGUGUGCCUAGUGGGGGACCCCAUUCUGCGCGCUCAGGCUGCUCCCGUGGAGCCUGUGCAGAUUGCCAGCCCGGAAGUGCAGGCUGUCAUCAAGAAGCUGGUGCGGGUGAUGAGGAGAGAAAACUGUGUCGCCCUCAGCGCUCCCCAGCUGGGUGUCCCCCUCCAGAUCUUUGUGGCCGAAUAUCCUGAGAAACGGUGCUACGAGUACCCUUCCAGUUUGUGCACGAUCCAGCAGAUCGCGCCUUUCCCCUUGCGGGUCUUCGUGAAUCCGACCAUGAAGGUGCUCAACAACCAGCUCGCCACUUUUCCCGAGGGCUGUCAGAGUGUCGGUCCAUUCAGUGCUUGCGUCCCUAGGUACCUGGCUGUGCAGGUUUCAGGCUUGAACGAAGCAGGGGAACAGACCUCCUGGCAGGCGGACGGCUGGGCGGCCCGCAUCAUCCAGCACGAGAUGGACCAUCUGCGAGGAGUUCUGUACAUCGACAAGAUGGACAGCAACACUUUUGUGAAUGUUCAGUGGGCCACUGUGAAUGAUUAAAUCGUUUGUGGGAGUGAGUGAGCGGCACGUUGUUCACUUCCUGUGGCUUGGAAGUCUGUUUACACCUGUGAAAGGGCUGCUCCAAAGGGACAGGACGGGGUGGCACCACAACACAGUGGCUGCUCAGCUUUGCAUCCCAGCACUCUCAGACUACGGGGGGCGGUGUAGUGGUCCUCUUCUCCAGUGUAGGCCUCUGAAAGCGCAGGAUCAAUGGGGCUGGUCCUGCAACUGACAGGCGGCCACCCACCCCGAUCGCCGGUGGACUUGGAAGCCGCCUCGUUAUCUGUCUCCCCUCCGUCCUGCCACAACUUUUUGGGAGGAAAAGUAAGGAACCUGCAGAACAGGGCAGGAUCCGCCGCUGCCUGGAGGAGUAAAACAGCCCAACAGCCGUGUGGAGAAGCUGCCCUUUCCAAGGCUCCUUGGGACAGCGAUUGGACGUUUUCAAGAUCCUGAAUAAAACUUGGCAGCUUCCUUACUUCC